UCUAUGCGGAGUAUUACGCCAGCUUAUACCAAGAUAAAGCCAAUGGAUCUUCAAUGGUUGAAGACGACGAAUUUGAAGAGGUAGAAAUAGAAGGCGGUGAAGAUGAUGCACCUAACGGUGGUGAUGAGUACAACGAUGAUCAGGAUGAAUUUAUGGCCGGUGAUGAUCUAGAGGAAGUUGACAUCAACGCCCAGAAUGGACAUGUAUAUUCCGAUGAUGAUGAAUUCGACGCCGUUGACUUGGAAGAAUCGAUGAGAUCCAACAAACGAACACGAAAAGAUCUUCUUGAAGGUUAUGGAAAUUCUAAUGGAAAUCACUACUGGUAG